GACGCUGUUUCACAAAUUCAGCACCGAAGUUCGACCAUCUGAGUUGAUACGACGAGAUGAUCGAAUUCCAAUGACGUGCUCAUUCGAGGAGAUUGCCGAGUCAGAGGAGGAGGAUGUGCAGCUCUCAGAGCGAACUUCACCCAAUGGGCAAUCACCAUUUGCUGUCUCUUUUGAAUCUCCGUUUGCCGAACGGCGCGGAACAUGUCCUCGAGAUUUGAGCCCAACCUCUGCAAGAGAAAAUUCGCCGUUCCUCAUCCAGGUCGAGGAUUUUCGGAUUUUAGCUUAUGUAGCCGACAAGCAUCAACCAUGUUUGGAUCUUUGAGUCCACAAAGGCAUGAUGCUCCGGAUUUCUUAACCCUUCCGCCCAUCCCUGAGACUGCCUCAUCCCUAAGCUGAUCAUAUAAAGACCCAACAGCGCAUGGAAUCUGAAAUGUGCAGUUCUUAGUCAGUUGAGAUGAGCUGACCAUACAUUGAUCUAACCUGCGUAUUUUUGAGAGGAUUUUUGAUCUUCUGUACACAAUGAAUGGCUUAUUAGUACUCAGAUCAUUGCUCUAUAGGACUUUCCUACUUCCUAUUUGAUGAUAUGAAGAUUCUUUUACUUCUGUGAUCUCUUUCUAGUCCUUUUUGGUCUGUAAAACUACAGGCGAUCCAGGUUGGACCAGAAUAUUUCAUGUUCUUUCCAUAUUUUAUAGAUUGUAGAUGUGUUUGUAAUAUUUGCUGUGUGAAUGUGUAAUGUUUUAUACAGCCUUGAAUAACUGAAGCGGGUUCAUCAAUGAAGUGAAUGUUGAUGUAUAAUAUUUGUAAUAA